AAGGCAGAGGGUCUUCAUGCUGCUUCCUUGACUCUCCCUAGAAUGGAUGUGUGUGGCUGGAAAGAAAUGGAGGUUGCUCUGGUCAAUUUUGAUAACUCAGAUGAAAUCCAGGAAGAACCAGGCUAUGCCACAGACUUUGAUCCAACCAGCCCCAAAGGCCGGCCUGGAAGUAGCCCUUUUCCUAACUGGAAGAUCCUCAUCCAGGACAGCACAAGCCAAGAGACUGCCUUCUCCAAGCUCCCAGGAGAUGGUGUGGAUCCCCCAGAGCCAAUACUCAUGAAUGAAGGGAACCAGCGGGUAAUCAUCAACAUUGCUGGGCUGAGAUUUGAGACUCAACUUAGAACCCUCAACCAGUUCCCAGAGACCCUGUUGGGAGACCGGGAGAAAAGGAUGCAGUUCUUCGAUUCCAUGAGAAAUGAGUACUUCUUUGACCGAAACCGGCCCAGUUUUGAUGGAAUCCUGUAUUAUUACCAAUCUGGUGGGAAAAUCCGGCGACCAGCCAAUGUCCCCAUUGAUAUCUUUGCUGAUGAGAUUUCCUUCUAUGAGCUGGGGAGCGAGGCCAUGGACCAGUUCCGGGAAGAUGAAGGCUUCAUCAAAGACCCUGAAACACCACUCCCCACCAAUGACUUCCACAGGCAGUUCUGGCUCCUUUUCGAGUAUCCUGAGAGCUCCAAUGCUGCCCGUGGUGUGGCCAUGGUUUCAGUGCUGGUUGUGGUCAUCUCCAUCACCAUCUUCUGCCUAGAGACACUCCCAGAGUUCCGGGAAGACAGGGAGCUAAAGGUGGUGAGAGACCCCAGCCGCCAUACAAACAAGACAGCCCUCUCUCAGACCAUGUUCACCGACCCUUUCUUCGUGGUGGAGUCUACCUGCAUCGUGUGGUUCACCUUCGAGCUGGUGCUCCGCUUUGUGGUCUGCCCCAGCAAGACUGACUUCUUCCGGAACAUUAUGAACAUCAUCGACAUCAUCUCCAUCAUCCCCUACUUCGCAACUCUCAUCACAGAGCUGGUCCAGGAGACAGAGCCAAGCGCCCAGCAGAACAUGUCCCUGGCCAUCCUGAGAAUCAUCCGCUUGGUGAGGGUCUUCCGCAUCUUCAAGCUCUCCCGCCACUCCAAGGGCCUGCAGAUCCUGGGGCAGACCCUGAAGGCUUCCAUGCGUGAGUUGGGGUUGCUCAUCUUCUUCCUCUUCAUCGGGGUCAUCCUCUUCUCCAGCGCUGUCUACUUCGCCGAGGUGGAUGAGCCAGAGUCCCAUUUCUCCAGCAUUCCUGAUGGGUUCUGGUGGGCAGUGGUCACCAUGACAACAGUUGGUUAUGGUGACAUGUGCCCAACCACCCCAGGAGGGAAGAUUGUGGGCACUCUGUGUGCCAUUGCUGGAGUCCUCACCGUUGCCCUCCCGGUACCUGUCAUAGUCUCCAACUUCAACUACUUCUACCACAGGGAGACUGAAAAUGAAGAGAAACAAAACAUCCCCGGAGAAAUUGACAAGAUUCUCAACAGCUUAGGCUCAAGAAUUGGCAGCAGUGACUCUCUUAAUAAGACCAAUGGCAGCUGUUCCACAGAGAAGUCCAGAAAGUGAC